GAGAUCCGGAUCGCAUUAUUGAAGAGAUCCAGCGACGACGGUGGACCUUACGGAAUUCUAAGCAACACGUGAUAUGAUUGACAAAUCCGACAUCCCACUGAAGCAGUAUGCGGAGGGUCUCCAAACUGAUCAGCAGAACCAGGAGGGAGAAUACAAUCCUUUCGCCGAUCGUCCAACCGCACCUCUGACCUCAGAUUUCGCUGCUUUCAUGCAUCUGCUCAAGUGCGCGAUCGGCACCGGAAUACUCUUCCUGCCCCACGCUUUCAGAAGAACCGGCUAUGCGAUGUCCAUCAUUUGCGGCAUCUGCGUCGGCGGAUUAUGCACUCACACGGCCACCCUCAUCGUGCAGUGCUCUCAGAUAUUAUGCAGGCGCAAUCGCGUGCCCCAGCUGGAUUUCGCCGAAACGGCGCAGUUCUCCUUCCAGUCUGGUCCGGAGAGGAUUCGAAAGUACGCCAGGCUAUUCGGCGUAGUUACCAACGUCAUCGUUUGCUUCGUACACUUUCAGGCCGCCGUGAUAUACAUCUUAUAUGUGGCCACGUCGUUCCAACAGGUGAUCGAAUUUUUCUCAAACUUCGAGAUGAACUCACGUAUUUACAUCAUUAUCUUUUUUCCCCUUACCUGUGUCCUGGGUUUCGUGCCGAACCUAAAAUAUUUGGCGCCGUUCUCCGUUAUUGGCUCUCUCUUCUUGGUCCUCGGUGUCUGCAUCGCGCUCUAUUACUUCUUCGACGAUGUUCCCGAUCCUGGUAGACUAGACGCUAUGACGGAGAUUCUACCUGUGCCCAUGUAUUGUGCUAUUUUUUUAUUCGCCUUACAUAAUAUGACUCUCUAUCUGCCAUUGGAAAACACGAUGAGACAUCCCGAUCAUCUACCGCGCAUAAUCAUUAUCAGCAUGUUGCUGAACACUUUUAUAUAUCUGACUUUUGGUUUCCUUGGCUACAACAAGUACCCGAAAGCCUGCGACACCGUCAUCAAGAACUUGCCGUUGGAAGAAGCCCUGGCUCAGAUAGUCAAGAUAGCCAUUUCUUUAUCAGUGCUGUUUACUAUGGGUUUGGCAUACUACGUACCGUUCUCCAUCCUGUGGCCGAUGAUCCUUUCAAGAAUCGCCACGAAGAGCUUGCUGUAUCAUCGAUUAUACGAAAGCUUGUUCCGAUUCGGUGGCAUAAUCGGAACCACACUGCUGGCCAUCGCCGUGCCCCAAAUGGUACCUUUACUGGGUCUGCUGUCCGCCUUGGGCAUGUCGACGAUCAUGCUGCUGAUACCCAUACUAAUCGAGAUGACGACUAAGUGGACGGAAAGCACGAGGCCGAUGAUCGCGAAGAAUAUUUUUAUUUUCGUCGUGUGGCUGCUGAUCUUGGUUUUCGGAGCGACAGAAAGCAUACGAUCAAUUAUUAGAGAAUAUGGGGGAGAGAGAGAAGAAGAAUGCUGAUCGAUAGCUCUUGCCAAACUAUUUAAGAGACUUUUAAUAUAAAAUUAUGAAGAUGCUGCUGCGUUACGCGAAAGAGCCAGGCGUUACUUGGAUAUUUAAAGAAUCACGUAACAAGCUAUGUAAGCCUUUAAUGCAGCAAAGCGAGAAGAUUUAUUUCUACUUUCGACUGACGGAAUGACUAGUCUGUGCAGUAAAUCGCGCGAAAAAAAAUAUCUCUUAUUCGUUAAUUUGAGUUUACAAGACGAGCAUAUUGAUUCAAUAUACGCCUUCGAUUUUCUCGCUUCUAAGCGUGUGCAUAAAGUGAGUCUAAGCAUGAUUGAUAUGGGUAUCGACGGUGUUUAAUUCCCGUAAAAAUUGAAACUCGUGACAUUUGCAACAUUCUGCGCAGCGGGACACCUUUAAUUUUACUCGGCCAGCGUUUACGUAAAGCACGCGACAAGACGGAUUUGUGCCGCUUGCAACGUGGAAACAAGAGCGGCAGUAUACAAUGAGAAACUGCAUGUGCAGCAAUCAAGGAUAGAAAGGAGGAGGGAGGCCGUCAGAGACCUUCUUGCAAGGAGACGAGAAAGAGAUGGUGAGAGAGCUCGCACUGUGAAGAGAAGAGAACGAGUAUAAGGUGAAAGGGAACAUAUACGAGGUUCAGAGGCGCGAAUCGAGCUGAUCGCAGUCGAAUAACCGACGUCCCUACGAGACCCAUGUGCGAAUAGGAGCGAAUUACUUGACAUAGUAUUCCUGAGGAAUCGACGAGAAGUGUUGACGAUCUCUGAUUCGAGCGAUUCGUCGAUUUUAAAAUUUCAUUAAUCGAUUAAUUACGCGGGUGCUAAUGUUUGAAAGAAGAUAAAAGUACAAUGAGAAAUACACGUACACACACAUACAAUUUCGCAAGAAUUAGAUAAAGAAAAGAAGCAGAAAGCGAUUGUACGGUUGAUAUAUAUCUCGAGAAUAUAACUUCGGUGAAUUUAGAUCUCGAUAUUGUGUUUAAUCGUUAAUCCAAGAAAUGAUUAUUCAUUCAUCAUAUUGCAAAAAUUUAGACAUAUAUUUUUAAAAGAAUCCGAGUGUCACUUUGCAAAUCAGAUUUAUUUAUUCUCUGUUUUCAGAGAGAUAUCUUAAUUAUUUUACCCUACAUAUAUUAUAUAUAUUUUUAUCUUUAGAAGAUCUGUAAAUUAAACUUUAUUUAAUUCUUACUUAUUAUAUAUACAAUUUUUUUUUCUACUUUAUGUGAAAAUUUGCAUUUUAACAACGGCAGUUCAACAAUAAAAAUUGAAUAAAACAAUUAUUAUCCUUCUUUAAAGAGAGAGAGAGAGAGAGAGAAAUGAUGAUGAAUGAGAGAUCAUAUCUACGAUACAGAUCGUGCAAAAUUUUUUGCAUGAUCGAAGAACUCUCUAAGCAGCUUGAUAAAUGACCUUUAAAUUUUUUUAACAUACACGGAAUCGAUUGUUUCAUAUGGGGAUCAAUUUUUAUAUAUAUAGAAAUCUAUAAUACUUAUAAAAAAUAUUGACAAGUGUGAAUUGGUCAAAAUUACAUUUUAAUUUCUGCAUACAUUGUUUAUCGCAUGUAUCCCAAAGUAACGUUCAAUCGAGUACAGACAGCCACUAUCUACUCCCUCCCUUUCUGGUGUACACGCAGCGAGGAAGCUUAUGCUCGGUAGUCACUCACGUGCACAUUGACUGUUCGUAUAUAUAUACCUGGGUAACCUGAAGGAACUUGCCCAGUCGUGUGCGAUCUGUCAUCGUUCCGCUACGAUAUCGUCGCCUUCGUCCCGUUACCUCGUUGUUGGCCCAUCAGUAUUGGACAAGGGAGCUCGAUAUCCCGUAGAAAACGGUUGUUCAUCAAUUAUCCUGUGCCAAUCGUCGAUUAACUGAAUACCAGACGGAGGUGAAAUGAGGAGGAAAAUUAUAUUUUCUGGAUAAUCACGGUUACUCAUAAAUCCAUCAUAUGGAGAAGAAAAUCACGAAAUAUCUCCAUAGCGGAAAUGUUAGCAAUAAUUUUCAAUGGUAUUUAAAAGUAUCGUACAUUAAAUGAUUUAUCGAAUAAUUUAUUGUCGUAAUCAAAAUUUCCGAUAAUAAAUGAACAAUUUUUCAUCAUCAUCGGAGAAAAAUAUAUCUGAUUGUCAUCUCGCAGUACGACCGUGCGACAUCUUUGAAUUAUUACAUUUCUGACACGAGAAUCGCGCUCAACGCAGAUUCGCGGCAUCAAUAAUAAACAGUGACGAAUCUUUAAUCGUCGGGGAAGAUCAUCCGGUCAUUGCCAUUUUGCACAAUUACGAUAUGCGUCGGAUGUCGGCAAUCCAAUUUGGUUGGAUUUCGCCGGAGAUAUCGUAAAUCGUAUCUGGAAUAUAUAUAUACAUUUGAUAAUCUGACAAUAAAUCAUUUUAUUUCGUCGUAUUAUUAUAACGCAGCAUUUAGCAAAAGAAGCCAGAAAAAUACGAAACCUUGAAUAGAACUCACGGUUUCAAGGCGCAUGCGAACAUUUUACAUUUCUCGAAAAGUGGGGAAGAGAGAAAGAGAUAGAAAGAAAAUAGAGGACUUUAGAUAAACUUUAGAAAAUAAACAAAAGAUGUGUUUAAAUUGAACGUUAAAGGCAAGAGGAUCGACAAGAUCAACAAUGUCGGGAGCAUUUAAUAUUCUUUAACAUCGUCAAAGAAAGAAGUUCACAUUGUAAAUCAAGCGUGUCGUUCAGCAUAUCUACGUUGUAAUACACAAGA